AUGGACAAAGGGAAUUACACAGUUGUGACUGAGUUCCUCUUGAUUGGACUUUCUCAGUACCCUCAUCUCCAGAUGCUUCUUUAUGUGAUCUGCCUAGUGAUGUACUUGGUGAUCCUUUUGGGAAACAGCAUUCUUAUUAUCAUUAGCAUCCUAGAUCCCAACCUUCAUACUCCUAUGUACUUUUUCCUUGGGAACCUCUCCUUUCUGGAUAUCUGCUACACAUCUGCCUCUGUUCCCCAAAUUCUAGUUAAUUUCAUGUCUGAGAAAAAAUCCAUUUCCUUCACUAGGUGUGCACUUCAGAUGUUUAUGUCCCUUGGAUUGGGGUCCACAGAGUGUCUUCUUUUGGCAGUGAUGGCCUAUGAUAGAUAUGUCGCCAUCUGCAAUCCCCUAAGAUAUACAAUUAUUAUGAAUAAGAAACUCUGUGUGCAAAUGGCUGCCUGGACUUGGAUUAUAGGAUGUCUGAAUUCCCUGGCACAAACUAUACUGGCUAUGAUAAUGCCAUUCUGUGGGAAUAUCAUUGAACACAUUAGUUGUGAAAUCCUGGCCCUUCUUAAACUUAUUUGUAUAGACAUUUCUCUCAAUGUGUUUAUCAUGACAAUUGCAAGUAUUGUUUUCUUAAUCACUCCUCUUUUGCUCAUUUUCUUCUCAUAUGUUUUUAUCCUCUCCACCAUUCUAAGGAUCAAUUCUAGAGAGGGGAGGAAAAAAGCCUUUUCCACCUGCUCAGCCCAUCUGACUGUGGUGAUCUUGUUCUAUGGGUCAGCUCUUUUCAUGUACAUGAAGCCUAAGUCCAAGGAAUCAAAGACUUCUGAUGAGAUAAUGGCCCUGUCCUAUGGAGUGGUUACCCCAAUGCUUAAUCCCAUCAUCUAUAGUUUAAGGAAUAAGGAUGUAAAAGGGGCUAUGGAGAAAAUUCUAUUCAGAAAUUUAUUCUUCAGAAAGAUAUGA